AUGACGGUCCAAACACUCGCCAUCGCCGUCGUGACGGUUGUCUACUUCAUCAUCCGCUACCUAAAUCGCACGGAUGUCCCCAAAAUCAAGGGCAUCCCCGAGAUCCCGGGCGUACCGAUGUUUGGCAACCUGCUGCAAUUAGGCGACCAGCAUGCAGUCGUCGCGGGCAAAUGGGCGAAGAAAUUCGGACCGGUCUUCCAAGUGCGCAUGGGCAACAAGCGCAUCGUGUUUGCCAACAGCUUUGACUCGGUGCGCCAGCUGUGGAUCAAGGACCAGUCGGCCCUCAUCUCGCGGCCCACCUUCCACACCUUCCACAGCGUUGUCUCCAGCUCUCAGGGAUUCACUAUUGGUACCUCACCCUGGGAUGAGUCCUGCAAGCGACGUCGGAAGGCUGCCGCCACCGCACUCAAUCGCCCCGCCGUCCAGUCCUACAUGCCCAUCGUCGACCUCGAAGCCAACUCCAGCAUCAAGGAGCUGUACCGGGAUAGUCAGCACGGGACCUGCGACAUCAACCCCACGGCCUACUUUCAGCGAUUUGCCCUCAACACCAGCCUGACGCUCAACUAUGGCCUCCGUAUCGAGGGCAAUGUGGAUGAUCAGCUCCUGAAGGAGAUCGUUGACGUCGAGCGUGGCGUCUCCAACUUUCGUAGCACCUCGAACAACUGGCAAGACUAUAUCCCACUGCUGCGCAUCUUCCCCAAGAUGAACAGCGAGGCGGACGAAUUCCGGGUUCGCCGUGACAAGUACCUGACCUACCUGCUGGAAAUGCUCAAGGAUCGCAUCAACAAGGGGACCGACAAGCCGUGCAUAACUGGCAACAUUCUUAAGGAUCCCGAGGCCAAGCUUAAUGAUGGUGUGUUUCCUUUUUACCCGUCAAAAAGAGAACAAGACUGA